AAAUUUAAAGUAGGGGGUGUUAAUAAUAAGGAUGCAUAAUAAGAGAUUUCUAGUCAAGGAGGAUAAAGGUAGGGGGAUGCUCUAAUAACUUCAGUUUAGGAUUCAAUUACAGAAGGUAAUAUGAAGAAUGUGUUUAAAGAGCGAAAAAAUGCACUGAUGAAGCUUUGCAAGCAUUAUGUAAAUGGGGGAAAUUUAUAAUUUCGAUGAUCGAGUCUAAUAUGAAAAGUUAAAUUGUCAGGUUUACACAGUUGAACUUAAAUAAGAAUCUUUUAAAAAUAAAUUAGAAAACAUUGAAUGGAUUAAAUUUGAAAGCGAUGAUUUUGAAUUAAAACUUUAAAGUAGUUGGGAAUGUAUAAGAACCAAGCAACCUUUUGCAUAUGGAAUGAUGAAGGCAGUUUAUUUGAUGAAAAAGAGAAAUAAUAAUUAAGAAAUUUAUGUUGUUAAAUUCCAAUUGAGAAAGGCAUUUACAAAAGUAUUGCAGUGCAGUUAAUGAUU